AUGGAUAGUUCUGUCACUGCUGCCAGAUAUAUUGAGAAUGAUCCCCGGUGUAUACACAAGAACGGAAGUAACCCUGAACCAACCGACUGUGCAAGAUUUGUUGAAUGCUGGGAAGGAACUUCACUUUCUGUGAAAUGGUGUCCCCAAGGUCUUCUCUACAAUACAACGAAACGAAUGUGCAUGUGGCCCACCAGAGUAGACUGCUCCAAUCGACCAAACAAGAUGGCGGAUAGCGCAAAGCUCAGUAAAUUCCGAUCAGAGUGCGAUGUAGCGCGAGGUAAAGGCCACAUCCUUAUCACUUAUCCAGGUGACUGCAGCCAGUAUAUAUCCUGCGAUUCAAAUGACCAGAACCCUCAACGGUGUGCUUCAGGUACAGUGUUCAACCCUGAUAAACAACGAUGCGAUUUUCGUUCCAACGUACCCAGCUGUAAAUUAGACCACUGAAGCAUCAAGCCCUCGAUAUUAACAAAUAAUAAUAAUAAUAAUAAUAAUAAUAAUAAUAAUAAUAAUAAUAAUAAUAAUAAUUGAGCCAUUUUCCAUGAGGAUAGAAUUAUCAAUAAUGACAGCAACACCAACAGCAAUAACAACGAAGUAACGGCAACAGUUCAGCAACAACAAGAACAAUAACAACGACAAUAAUAUCUGCAAUAUUAACAGCAGAUGAUUUUUCGUAAA